CUGCCCAUCACCACCGACGCCUGCUUCCCACUGCCGUGAAGAUCAGCCGUUCGCGACGGGCAGGCCACCGCCACCACAUCGCUGCCAGGACUUCCCUCCAAACCGUCGCCAUGGCAACCGCUGCUAUACCGUUCAUCUCCGCCAAGGAAGAUCUCCCCUCUCCACUGACAUCCGCCUCCGAGCUCCUUCCGCUCUUCGACGGUACCACCAGGUUGUAUCUUGCAUAUCACUGCCCGUACGCGCAGCGCCCUUGGAUCACCAGGAACUGCAAGGGUUUACAGGACAAGAUCAAGGUAGUGGCGAUCGAUCUGGCAGACAGUCCAGCUUGGUACAAGGAGAAGGUUUACCCAGCCAACAAGGUGCCUGCCCUGGAGCAUAACAACCAGGUGAAAGGAGAGAGCCUAGAUUUGGUCAAGUACAUUGACAGCAAUUUCGAUGGCCCAGCAUUGCUUCCUGAUGAUUCAGCAAAGAAGCAGUUCGCUGAGGAACUGCUUACAUUUUCCGAUGCCUUUAAUAGUGCAUUUUUCUCAUGCUUACGCUCCAAGGGACACGUGUCAGAUGAAGCUGCUGCUGCUGUGGAUAAAAUAGAAGCUGCCUUGGGAAAGUUCAGCGACGGUCCAUUCUUCCUUGGCCAGUUCAGUUUGGUGGACGUUGCAUAUCUUCCAUUCAUCGAAAGGUUUCAAAUAUUCUAUCAUGGUAUCAAGAAUGAUGAUAUCGCCAAGGGCAGACCCAACCUUUACAAAUUCAUUGAGGAAGUGAACAAGAUCGACGCAUAUACACAAACCAAACUGGAGCCACAGUUUUUGCUUGCUCAAAUGAAGGAGAAGUUUGGAAUUGCUUGAAUAUGUGACCAAGGAUAAGCAACAUACCAUGCCAGGAACCAGCGCAGCAGUAUUUGAAGACCCGAUAGUGUGCUUGCUUAUUACAUACAGUACUAUAUUUUGAAUAAAAGAUGCAUGCUAUCAAGGCCAUGCUGGUAGAGAAUAAAUAAAUCUUACUGUAAGCUUUCCUUGUCGUAUGAAGGAGGAUAAAUUUGUGUGUUCCGCUUAA